AUGUCGACAACAAAAGCUAAAAAAGCUGAAAAAGCAAAGGUUGAGAAAACUUCAGAAGUCUGGAUUUUGACGAUUUUUUAUUCACCGUACAAAGAAGAUUUUACUAUCAAACAUCAUUGUUUCCGUUCAUAUGAACUUGCUCGAAGAACCAUGAAAGAAGUAGCGAGGAAGCUUUAUCAAUCAGAAAUUAUCCAAGAAGCUGACGACAAAUACUUUGAUGAAGAUACAAAUGAAAUACAUUUUGGAGAAAGUCCGUAUGAAUCUGAUUACAGAAGAGAAUUUGGCUAUUGUGAAAUUGAAUGUGUUGAGAUUGAAGAUGAGAAAAAGUGA